AAAAGCUAUUCAUUAAUCUUAUGUACUGACAAGGGUGUGGUUCAGAGAUACGAAACUGAAAAUUCUUUGUCUUGGGAGAAUUUGUACCUUUCUGAACAAUUACUCUUGAGAAAAGUUAGUGGGAAGGAAACCAGGACACAUCCAAUUAGGAUCCGGUAAGAGGUGGGCAGGCGCAACUGGUUUGCCGGGUUCUCCAACCUUCUGCUGAGCUGCAAACCGCUUGUUAUGUGGAAAAUGUCUAAGAUAAAGAACCCCCGGACUUUUGAGGAGCAAACAGAAUGUGUUAUGAAUGGCCUGCUUGAAGACCUUUUGACCCCAACCUUCCAUGUGGCUAACCGGAACCUCCUGGAUGAUGAGGAACCAUAUUCAGAGGAUUUCUCUUUUGAUGUGUCUAUUAUUGUUGACCGCCUUCGAAUGCUGGGUGACCAGUUCAAUGGAGAACUGGAAGCUUCUGCCAAUAACGUCAUUGCGGAAACCACUCGAGGACAGGCAGGAACAAUAUUUGAGGACACAGUGCGGUCUCUCAGCACGGCCUGGUGUGCUCAGAACUCCACCCUCGCGUUUGAAAGAGCCUUUCUGGCAGUGUCUGUGAAACUUCUUGAAUAUGUGGUCCAGAAGGCUCCUGAAAUGGCAAGAAGGAUGGCUAACUGCAUGACGGGCAUGAUCAACGGGAACACAGCCAUCCGAGAUUUCAUCCUGGGGCAGGGAGGAUGGGAAAACCUGGAGAGCUGAAUAAGUGGGGUGGCUCGGACUCAACAUCACAUCCUCCGAUGUUUGCCAAUUAAAACAUGCUUUCUUCAACUUACCCAGUGCUACGUUUUUACUGAUUGCUGACUGUGGGAGCAGGCCAGUCCAUCUACAGUGAUGUUAUACUUUCUGUUUUUACAUGAGUUGUAAGAAGAGUUUGUUGAAAUAGAGACCUCCUGGCAGUAAUUUCUUAUUAGUGAAAUCUCAAGCCCCAAGGCAGAGCUUUGCUGGAGAUAGUUUGAAGGAGGCAGCACAUUGUAAACUUUCCCUUCAGGUUUAGCCCUGCCUUUUGUUGAGAAUUUUGUCUGCUAGUGAUUUUGGAAUCUAAAGGUCAGUUUUUAGUUAAAAAUCUUAUUUCUUCAAGUAAAAGGUUUUCAUUCAGAUCCAUCUUAACUUUCGUGUUUAUUUCACCUGAGCAGAAUUUAUUCAACCAUUCUAGAGCCUUGAAGGCAUAGUUAGCAGCUUAUUCAUCUACAAUCCUGCUGGAAAUAUCAAAGAAAGUUACUGUGUUUUCAUUGUCAGGAUGUGGGAAGUGUUGGCCCACGUGGAGGACCACUGGUCUGCCCCAGCGUGGCUGAUGCUAACUGCAUACUGUAACAGGGCCCCAGACCUAAUUAGGCCCCCAAACUUUAGCACAUCUGACUCCAUGAUGGAAGUGCCAUCCAGGCUAUAAAAUUCAGCACACAGACAGUAUCAUUGGCCAAAGUAAGAACAAAGGUCUAAUUUACCAAAGUUCAUGGUUCUGGGAAAGUCUCUAAAUGUACUAACCUUGCUUUUUGUCUUCUGUAGUUCCAUUGCUAACUAACUGCUCUUGUUAACUGGAGUUUUUCAAUCCAGAACAUGGUUUUUGUGCUGAAGAUCUCACCCUGAGAAAGGCUUAGUGCUAAACUGGGAUCCUGACCACCCAGUGUACUCCCUGGCCCACUAAUAAAAACUUUCUAUUGGUUUAAACCCACAUUCAAGCAGUCUUCUCUGGUGGACAUCCUACAGCAUUUCUGGAGGGUCCACCAAGAUCCUCAGAGACCAGAUUUUGAGACGCCAGGGGUCUCAGAUCUCCUGGGAGCAGGGAAGAGUGCAGUGACCAAGGAGCUCCUAGGGAGUGCACAACCCAAGUUCUAGGCCCUCAGGAGUCUCUUUGAUUAAUAUCUGCCUAACACUUUAGAGGGGUCUGAAAC